UUCGUAUUGCUGACACUAAAUCCAACCGGCGGGCGGAGAUCUGGAAUCCUGGGCAUUCCCUACGACCAAUCUGUAUCGUUCCUUUGCUGAAAAAGAAACAUGGACGAUGGACUAUCGCUGGGGAAUUCAGAUUUCCAGUCUAAGGGAGACAUUAUCACUUUCAACCUUACCAACAAACCACAAGGACCCUCAAAAAGGAAUAAAGAGAGACUUUGUAUCUGUAAAGUUAUCACCAUUGUCAUGUUCUUUCUGAUGAUUUUGAUAACUACCCUGGCCACAAUUUUAGCAGUUGAAAAACACAAAUCUUCCGCUGAACGCGUGUCAUGCUUGGAUGGCUGGAUUGGUUACCUAGGAAAGUGCUUCUAUUUCUCCGAAAGUACAAGAACCUGGACAGCAAGCCAGAACUUCUGUGCCUCUCAUGCAGCCACUCUUGCUGUCUUCAACACCACUAAAGAACUGGAUUUCCUGAAGCGAUAUUCUGACCACUCUCAAUAUUGGAUUGGACUGAGUCGAGAAGCAGGACAGAGCUGGAAGUGGAUAGAUGGAACCAUAUACAGUGGUUGGUUUCAAGUCAUUGGAAUUGGAGAAUGUGCCUAUCUACACAAAACAGGGAUCAGAGGCUCCAGUACCCGCUUGGUUAGAAAAUGGAUUUGUAGCAAAUCAGACAUAUGCAUACCCAGAAGUUAAGACAUCAUGGAUCUAAGAUAUUUUACGUAAAAUAGUGUAAAAGGGAUAAUUUUUAUUCCUCUUGAAGGAAACAUAUUAUAUUAAUAUGAAAGUACAUGAGAUUCAUGUUUAGAAAUUUCCAUUGGUGUUUUACUCCGCGUCUCUAAAUCCAUGUUUAUAAAUCUUCUAGAGUCUUAGGAUUCAAGAAAUACAUGCCCCAACGUCCAUUCCCAAAUCUCACAGAAUAAAACUUCUGAUACGUAAUACAUUAAAUACGAAUGAAAAACUUAAAUGACAUUUUACGGUAUUUACUCCUAUGGAUUCAGAUUAAUGUCAUUUAAAGUGGCUUGUUUUUCUAAGAACUGUAAUAUUUUUGCCCUGCCUCCUUACUUUUAUUAUCGAUACUUGUUGUUGAUGUUCUUUUGGUUUUGCAAUAUGUAUGAGAGUCUCUCGUGAAUGUAGCGUUAUGGAAACACAAGCCUCGUGUUGAAAUGCGUUGAGUUACUAGCUAAACGAAUCGCUUUCAUGCGCCAACCCCACAGGCCAUCAUGUUCAGACCAUCAGGAUUUUGAGUAAAUAGUCUGAACUAGCACCUGUCUAGUACCGAAUGCCAGGAACCUAUUGUACAAUGGACAAUAUCAAUAGUAUAAAUUUGGGGAACAAAUGGGUGAAAGAGGUAUUUGAACUCUGCUGCUCAAGCCUCUAGUUGAGAAAACGACAAAUCAGGUUCUGUGGCAGAAUGUGUAACUUUUCAGAGAAUAUGACCUUCCCAGUUACUCAAGGUUAACCAGAUCUGUUUGUUAAAAAUGAUCCUUGCAUUAAAGUGAAAUCCAUGAUCUGCAUCUUAUGGGUGCGUAAUGUAUGCUCACUGCUAGAAAUGAAAACAGUUGUCAUAGAACACAGACUGGAGAACGGGACAAGUAAGAACUUAGGAAAAUAGCAGUGGGGUCUCAUUCUUGUAUCUUUUCCAAGCCAGGCCAAAGUUUCCAUGUUUUCAUCCCCUCUCUGCACCCUCAUUUUCACUUCCUUUUCCUCCCUGUACUUCCCUCUCUCCUAUUCUUCAGAAAAUCAGAGAUGGGACAGAUGAACCUUUCACGUUUAAUUAUCAAACAGUAGAAGAAGUGCACAAACAAAUGUAUGUCUUGUAUGGAAAGGUUCAGCGGCAACAGAAGGAAGUGCAUGCCCAAAGCCGAGAAGGAGGCUCCCAGUGAAAUCAUUAUGGGGGAAAUAUUGUUUGUUUUUUAAUUUUUUUUAAAUAUUUGUUUAUUUUUGAGAAACAGAGUGAGACAAAGCGUGAGCAGGGGAGGGGCAGAGAGAGAAGGAGACACAGAAUCUGAAGCGGGCUCCAGGCUCUGAGCAAGCCGUUGAAUGCACAGUUCUGGAACUCAUGAGCAAGUCUGGGCUGGAUACACGACAUGGACACGAGUAGAGCCCCCAGAGGUCCGAGGGAAUAUGUUGACCUGACGAAAGUAGAAAAGCCCUUCGUAGCAAAGAGUCAUUGCUUGCCUAAUGAGAAAAUAAUUUUCUUUUACAAAUGCUUGUUACUUGAUUUUUGUUUUAUUUUUUAGGUAGGCUGUAAAGCUAGAUUCCUUAGUCUUAGUCACAAAGCUGAAUCUGUGCCCAUACGAGCACUAAUAGAACAAUAGUAUAAUUUCAGACAAAUAAAUUAGUUCAUAUGUAUUUACAGAACUAUUAAAUGAGAGAAGUGCAUAGUUUUCAGAAGAUGAGAUGCCGAAACAUUUGGAGAUGGUUGGACUUGCAAAACUUCCAAUACUGGAUAGUGUCCAAGAUCACAUAGGGAAAUGUAAAAUGUUUCUUUGCCCUUUCAAGUUACAGUUUUAAAAAUGAGGGGAUCAUUGUAUCUAUAUAAUAAAGCAAAAAUGUCAAGAAUCCCUUUGUAUGACUCAUGGCUUUUAUGGCAUCCAAUGCUAUUGCAUACAGAUUUUAAAGUUGUCUGCCUCAAGUUUACUAAUUAAUACUGAAAUAAAGCUGUUCCUGUGAAAACAAA